CACAUUCAGCUCUGAUUUCUCAAUCGCUCCAAGCACUCACUCAUCUUCUCAUUCUCUUCAACAAGCUCAACAUGAAGCUCUUCCUCCUUGCUUCAGUUCUCUUCCUGCAUCUAGUGGCCGCCAUGCCCACACCAGUCCUCCCACCUCACUCCUGCACCACUAUCACCCCCAAAUCCCUCACGGCCCUCGACAACUCCUCCCCCGAUUUACCCUUCCCCCAAGGCCUCUUCGCCGGCAGUUCCAGCUUGAUGAUCAUGCACAACAACAUCAACGCCACCAACCCAACCCACUCCCUCCAACUAAUCGAAUUCGCCAUCCCGCAAACCACCUCCGGUGCCACCGGAGCCUGCCAACUCCAAAUCACGGACCCGGCCUGCAGCCUCACAUUCACCGACUCAAACGACUACGCCAUCCCCUCUCCCGUGCAACUGAAAGCCAUCUCCCUGCACGCCAUUACUACUGGUAACAACAUCUCAUACAACGAUAUCUUCAGCGCUGAGCCGUCACUUGUAUCUUCGUGGGACUUUGGAGAUGCGGUUAUGAGUGCGGGCGAUACUGCGAGUAUUUCUAAUAGUGAGGGGUGCGAGGGGAGUGUGUGGUAUGUGUUGGAUUAUGAGGAUGUGGCGGAUGGGGGGUAUAGUGAGUGGAGUAUGUUUCAGCAGGAUGAGGAUGAGGCGAGUGGGAUGGAGCUUAAUGGGGUUUAUCUUACUUAUUGCUGAGAGCUGCUGCAACACACAAUACUGAGGUAACUAAGAGAUGGGUUUAUGUUUGAUGAUCUGGAAGGUGCUGGGUUGUUGCUGACGCUAAAUUGUGGUUUUUGGGAAGAGGGAAAGGAG